CUCCUCCUCUUCUUCCUCCUCUUCCUCCUCCUCCUCCUGGGCUCCUUCGGGAAGGCAAAGGCAAAGGCACCCGACCCGCCGCCCUGCCCGGCCAUGUUCCAACGCGCGUCGCGGCGCCGGCGCUCCACCCGAGCCCUUCCUGAGGUGGAGGACCCUGACCGGGGGCAGCCGUGCCAGGCCUGCGGGGAGCAGUGCCCAGGCUUCCUAGUGCAUGGAUGGAGGAAGAUCUGCCAACACUGCAAGUGCCCACGUGAGGAGCAUGCCGUGCGCAUGGUGCCUGUUGACUUGGAGAGGAUGAUGUGCCGCCUGAUCUCUGACUUCCAGCGCCACUCCAUCUCAGAUGAUGACUCUGGCUGUGCCUCGGAGGAGUAUGCCUGGGUGCCCCCAGGACUCAAGCCCGAGCAGGUAUAUCAGUUCUUCAGUUGCCUCCCAGAGGACAAAGUCCCCUACGUCAAUAGUCCUGGAGAACGGUACCGCAUCCGCCAGUUGCUGCAUCAGCUUCCUCCACAUGACAGUGAGGCUCAGUAUUGUAGUUCUCUGGAAGAGGAAGAGGCAAAAGAGCUGAAGUUAUUCUCACAACAGCGGAAGAGAGAAAACCUUGGCCGAGGGACCGUCAGACUCUUUCCUGUCACCAUAACUGGAGCCAUUUGUGAGCAGUGUGGGAAGCAGAUCUGUGGUGGGGACAUUGCUGUCUUUGCCAGCCGUGCAGGGCAUGGCGCCUGUUGGCACCCACAGUGCUUUGUUUGCACCACCUGCCGAGAGCUUCUGGUCGACCUCAUCUAUUUCUACCAGGAUGGCAAGAUCUAUUGUGGGCGGCACCACGCUGAGCGCCUCAAACCACGCUGUGAGGCCUGCGAUGAGAUAAUUUUUGCAGAUGAAUGCACAGAGGCGGAGGGGCGCCAUUGGCACAUGCGCCAUUUCUGCUGCUUCGAGUGCGAGGAGGCGCUAGGAGGUCAACGGUACAUCAUGCGCCAGAGCCGCCCGUACUGCUGCCACUGCUAUGAAAGCCUCUAUGCGGAGUACUGUGAUGCCUGUGGAGAGCACAUUGGUAUUGACCAAGGUCAGAUGACAUAUGAGUGCCAGCACUGGCAUGCCACUGAUGCUUGCUUCUGCUGCUCCCGUUGCCACCAGCCUCUUUUAGGGAAGCCGUUCCUGCCCAAGCAAGGUCAGAUAUUCUGCUCUCGGGCUUGUAGCCUAGGCGAAGACCCCAACGCCUCUGAUUCCUGUGAUUCGGCCUUCCAGAGCGCCCGUUCUCAGGACUCUCGGCGAGCCAGCUGGCAGCAACGGCGGGUUCAGGCCCAGCGCUCGCCAGUCUCCCAUGUGGCCCGUUCUGUUUCUUUCGGAGGGCAGCCAGUGUUGCCGAAUUCAACCCCAAGGCUCCGAAGAAGCUGGAGUGGAUUGCCCGAGCCUGGGGAGGAGAUGCCAGCGGAAAUGGAGGAGCUCUCGGAUCCAGAUAGCAAUGCAUUAGGAUUCAUCCAGAGCUGUGAGGAGUCAGUGAAGUGUACUUCCCGGGGAACUUCCACUUGCCCACAACCAGCCACUGAGCACCAACGAGGAACAGGGACUGAGGUCCAGCCACGUUUCCAGCGUGCCUCCCCCUUGCGCCACUCCAUGCCAGAGUUGGGCAUUCCCCCUUCUAAAAUCCCUGACUGGAGCAGCAGUUCAGCUUCCAAGCUUCAAGCAUCUACCCGACCAAGACUCAGUGAAGGGACUGAGCUGGGGACAGGGAGUUUUGCUCGGGGGGGACUACCCCGCGUUAGCUUCCGGGAACCUCUGGUCUCAGGAGAGCCGAGCACGACUUGCCUUGAGCAGACCUCCGUGGACACUCCGGUGCUUCAGAAUGGAGGUCCAAGCCGGAGACACCCUCGCUCAACCUCAGACAACUCAAUUAACUUGGGGAACCAAGGUUGGAGGCCGAGGAAGGCCACCAGAGAGGGGAGACGAGGCAACCUCUCUUACUCAGCUUCUGAGGGUACUUUUCCUACCUGGCAUCGACGCUAUCCUCCACGGGGAUGGGACUUCAGCUCCUCUGACUCGUCUGAUUCCUCCUCAGAGGAGGAAGGCUACUUUCUUGGUGAACCUAUACCCUUGCCCCCCCACCUCAGAGGUGAAGCUGGCCCUGUUGAGGCUGCACCGUCUACUGACUCUACACAUAAACAACAGCGCCGAAGACUGCGGGUUGCCCGAGACAAGAACUGUGUUGUGGCGUGACCCUACCCUUUACCUUCUGGGUUUGGGAUGUAAUGAGCCAAUAUCAAAUCAGAAUUUCUGGCUGGUUGAAACCAGCAUUGACCAUUAUGUGGGUGAUAGCCUCAAAAAAUUGAGCUGGGACCUUUGACUGUUACUUCUUCCACCAUGACCUUUUUAUCUUCCCCUCAGAAAGUGACCUCUUAUCACAACUAUUCAAGUCUUCUACCUUUCCUCAGGGACACUUGAGUGCUGGCUUUUCCAUGGUGACCUUUUGUCCUUUUAGAUGUGUGCUCCUUCUCUGAAGAAUCUUGAACUCGUCCUGUCUGUGGUAGUCUUGGAAGUUUGGUUGUGUUUAUUUCCCAUUGUGGCCUUUUUGACCUUUCAACUGUGACCUCUUGAAUAUACGCAUGGACCCUUUUGUCUUGGACUUUCAGCGUUGAUGGUCUCCAAAACUUCUCCGUACAGUGCCCUCCGUGAACUUCAAACUACGACUUCUUACCUGGGAACCCUUGAAUUCUGGUUCUUGACCUUUCCACUGUGACCUUUGAAUUUCUCCUACGUGACCUUUGAUCUUUCAAGUGGCCAUUAUUAAUGUAAGCAUGUUACAAGAUUGUGUGGUUUCGAGCUUUGAGGUGUGUUUUCUCCGUAAGGAAGUUCUUGGGUUAUGUGCGUGUUGGGGUGGGUGGGAUUGAAUUUCAUUCCCUGGCUGGUAGAGUGUCCCACUCUGUUGAAUAUAGGCAGAGUCAAACUUCAAAGUUUGGUCUCCUUUUGUGGAGGUUUUCUAACAGACAGUAUUGGCAUUUGUCGUGAGGACUUUGAUUUUGUAUUUCUGCAUGGCAGGGAGCUGGACUGGAUGGCCCUGGUGGCUUCUUUCAACUCUGAUUCUACUUUUGCAGAGUUCCCAGAACCUCUCACUUACAGCACGGGGAGUCACUGCUGGAUGUGAGAUUCUAGGGCAGUGUUUCUCAACCUUCCUAAUGCCACGACCCCUUAAUGCAGUUCCUCAUGUUAUGGUGACCCCCAACCAUAAAAUUAUUUUCGUUGCUACUUCAUAACUGUAAUUUUGCUACUGUUGUUAAUCGUAAUGUAAAUAUCUGAUAUGCAGACCUUUGCAGAAGCAUACGAGAAGCUCGGCCUGUCACUGAACAUAGAAAAAACCAAGGUGCUGUUCCAACAGACACCAGCCAAUCCCUCUCCAAUGCCAGUGAUGCAGCUUAAUGGUGUAACAUUAGAAAAUGUUGACCAUUUCCGCUACCUUGGCAGCCACCUCUCCACCAAAGUCAACAUCGGCACCGAAAUACAACACCGCCUGAGCUCUGCGAGCGCAGCAUUUUUCCGAAUGAAACAGAGAG